CGUCUCGAGGCUAAGCCAAAUGCUCGAUUAAACGCCGACCAUUUUUUUAACAAUGUCAGCCAUCAUUAGACAGAAAGACGUUCUACUGGAGCACAUCGCCCGAGAUGUGAAGCAGUUGCAGUCUUUGCAAAGUGACAUGUCUACAGUUGUUGAUAUGGUGAGCAGUCAUCAUGCUCCAGCCCAGGCUCUCUGUGAACACCUUGAUCGAGUCUUCAUGCAUGGGUUACGAGACUCUGUGUGUGGAUAUUGGCCGUUUGUGGUCUACUUCACUCGGUCAGAGGCAGUCCAAUACUUGAGUUCUCUUAGUAAUGUGCAUCUGGACAUUGGUAGAGGACGAGCCUGGUUGUGUACUGCACUCAAUGAACAAGCACUGGAGAGCUAUGUGAGAAUGGUUGUAGACAACCAAGAUGUGGUCAAGGGAUACUACUUACAAGAGUCUUUCCUGAGAGAUCUAGAGCGACUGGUGGUCCUUCAAACACUUGUUUCUGGUCUCGACUUUAUCUCAUUUGAGCUGGCUGUGGAUUGUGACUACCUAGACUUUGCUCCUUCACAACCUUCUCCAAAGCUUGGUAUAUCUCAAGGCAAUGAGCUCACCCCAGACAUUGAACCUUCUUUCCUGAGCAACAUGGCUGUUGGAUCCACUGGCUCCUUUGAUAACCACUCAGACACUCAAGGGAGCACACAAACUCCACCCAUCACCUUUAUUCAGAGAAUGUACGCUGACAAAGAAGAUGAAGAGGAAAUAGUAACCCGCAAGCAAAAAAAGGCACGAAAGAAGAAAAAAAAGACUCCCAAACUUGCGACUACUGCAGCAGCAGCAGACACACAACACCCUAACCACCAACCCCAAGAGCAAGAGCAAGAGCCAGUACACCAACCCCAAGAGCAAGAGCAAGAGCCAGUACACCAAGAACAAGAACAAGAGCCAGUACACCAAGAACAAGAACAAGAGCAAGAGCCAGUACACCAAAAACAAGAACAAGAGCCAGUACACCAACCCCAAGAGCAAGAGCAAGAGCCAGUACACCAAGAACAAGAGCAAGAGCCAGUACACCAAGAACAAGAACAAGAGCAAGAGCCAGUACACCAAGAACAAGAACAAGAGCAAGAGCCAGUACACCAAGAACAAGAGCAAGAGCUCUAUCCAGAGAAGGAGGAACCGAGCAAAGAGCCAGUUACAUGUACCAGCACAGAGAUCAUUAAAACUGAACCUGUUAUCACAAUGGGAACUGGCACAGAAGAGACUGAUGGUGGUACUGGAACGGCUGAUGGUGGUACUGAUGCCAGGAUGAUCAUAAGUGAUGCUGACAAGAGAGCGUCUGAUAUUGUGAUAGAUGAAACAACGCGUCUAGUGCUCUCACUAGAUGUGCUCUCUGAGGACAAUGAGCAACCACUAAGACUUGUGCAGUUGGCCACACCAUCUGGUGUUGGUCUCCAGAGGAUUGCUUACUGCCUCAUCACAGAUAGAGGGGUCUACAUAUUGAGGAAAGAUGGAAUUGAGGGAAACUAUUCCAAAGAGUUGGACAUCCAAUACCCUCAAAUGGACCACAUUGUUAUUGGUCUUGGAUGGCAGAGCCUGGGUCUUGUGUAUGCAUGUACUGAGAGAUGUGUGCUAUUGACUGGGAGGGAAGCAGUCUCGCGUGGAAUUGUAGAGACAGUGUGUUCAGCUGCUGGUGUUUGUCCUGGCUUCCUGCGCUCCAUUCCACUCAAUCGAGAUGAUGAUGUUCGUACUGAAGCUAUUGAGAAGGAACUCAUUAAGCUGGGGAGCCAUACAAGUAUGGAGGUUGUACUUUAUUCUCUAGUCAACUGGGAGCAAGUGAGUGGAGAGCCUCCAGCCUUUGUGGCCAAAGCUGCACGGCGAUCCAGGCCUGGGGUUGCAGGAAGUCUGUUUGUCAAAUCAGCCAAUGUUCUGGGCCUCCCUGUUUGGAAACAAGGCUACUUUGAGCUCAAGUCAGGUUCCCUGUAUCAGUACUCUAGUGAGGGAGACUCUACUGCCAAGAGUGUGUACACUAUUCGCAACUGUGGUGGCUGUACAAGAGUGUCUGGGGAGAGCAAGCCCUUUACAAUAUCAAUAGUGUUUGGUGAGGGCACCUCUUUGCUGUUGGCAGCACCUUCUGAGGACCAGCUCACCAAAUGGCUGCAAGCUCUCUGUGAGGCUGUUAUUGGACAAGAGACAUCACCAGGACACCUCAGGACUUGUCUUAACUGUGCACUUCUUCUAACUCAAAAUAUGCUGCACAUUCUGUUGGAGGAUUGGACUACAGACAGUGUCCAACUGGUCACCAGCUGCAGAGUGACUGACCUCAAUGGCCUCUGUGUUGACAGCACCUUGCCUCUCUAUUGUACUGUGGAGUAUGAUCAUGGCUCUGAUCAAGGUGUGUGGCUGCUCUGUUUCAACUCAGCAUACGAACUGCUCAAGUUUGAGAGAGAUGUGUGUCGGACGUGGGAGCAAGAAUUCCAGAUACAAUUGACCCCUGGACAAGUAUCUGACCCUGCCCUACAAGGCAAAGCUCACAAAGCUGUAGACCUAAUGACUAACAGCAGGUAUCGUAGUGACAGUGUAACUAGAGGCAGGUCAGAGUUCACUUACAGUGCCACCUUCUGAACAACACUAGACAAUAUUAUUGUGUGUUUAUAAUUAUCAUUAAAAGUUGUUCCCAGAGUUAUCAAAAUUUAAUCAUGUUUAUAUAUUUGUUAUUAUAAUUAUACAAGUGAUAUUUUGUUGAGUUUGA